GUAGAUAAAUGAGGAAUGGUGGAAAUCUGCUGAGAGAGGGGAUGUAUUUGGAGAAUGUCCCAUCUGAAAGAGUUUUUCUAAUCCGGAGGAAACCAGGAACCAUGCAAAAAAAUCUGCAUGCAGAGCAACUUCCUAUACGGCGGAAAAAAAUAAAAACAAAUAACUCCGAGGAAGUAGCCAAAGAUAUAAUUUCCUACUCCCUCCUGACUCCACCAAGCCUUGGGAAACAACACCGGCAAAGGGAACAGAGACGAGUCAGCAGGAUGGGAAUGGGGAGCUCCUGGUGAGCUGGGCACUUUCUGCUUCAUGGCCCUGACCUGGCAGGAGCCACUUUAGGACAUGGAUCCCUAAGGAGCAAGAGGGACCAGGAAGCGCCACUGAUCUGCACAGAGCCCUUUGCCUGCUGCUGCCCCACAGGGAACAGGGAGUUCCUGAGGAGCCACAUGGUCCAUCCCUGGAUUCUCCAAGCACUGACUGCCCAUCCACUCUGACCACAGCCAGGGGCCACAUCCCACUGCCUGCCCAGCGUCCAUCCAUGGAGGAGCCGCUUUAGGACAUGGAUCCCAAAGGAGCAAGAGGGACCAGGAAGCGCCGCUGAUCUGCACAGAGCCCUUUGCCUGCUGCUGCCCCACAGGGAACAGGUGCUCUCCCCCUCAGCCUCUCCAAUUUCCUGCAGCAGCUCGGCUACACCGUUGUGUCCUCCCAGGUUCUUUUCCUGCUAGCCUGCAUCCAUAGCAGCACCAACCCCAUCAUCUACCUCUUGGUGGGGAGGUUCAGGAGGCCCUACUCCGUGGGAUCCCUACGGCUCUCCCUCCAGAGGGUCUUUGAGGAACCAGAAGAAAACACUGCCCACAGCCAUGAUCCUGCCAUGGACACAGCCUUUCCAACCUGUUGAUUCUUUCCACUGCUCUACUGAAGGACCUUGGCAGAGUGGCCGAGGGUUUCUUUGAGUCACCUGAUUAAUAAAUAUCCAUGGGAUCACCC